UUCAUAUAACAGAGGCCAAACAAACCACAACUACUCCAAACACUCUCUCUUUCUUUCUCUCUCUCUCUCUCUCUCUCUCUCUCUCUACAGAGGCCAAACAAACCACAAAACUACUCCAAACACUCUCUCUCUCUCACACACACACACACACACACACAACCAUGCAGGUCCAGGGAAAAACACACUCCCUCUCCACAGACAUGAACGCCAGACUCGUAGGCUCCGGAAGCGGCACCGUCGUCCUCGCGCACGGGUACGGAACGGACCAGUCGUUGUGGGACAAAAUCCUGCCCGACCUGGCCCGGCGCCACCGGGUUCUGGCGUUCGACUGGAUCUUCUCGGGCGCCGUGAAGGAUCCGGACAUGUUCGACCCGGUUAAGUACUCUUCGUUUGAUGCCUUUGCCGAUGACUUGAUUGCCCUCAUGGAGGAAGUGAAGCUGGGGCCGUCCGUGUUUGUAGGGCACUCCAUGUCGGGCAUGAUUGGAUGUAUUGCUUCCAUUAAAAGACCUGAGCUUUUCAAGAGGAUUGUUCUCAUUGGAGCUUCACCCAGGUACAUAAAUUCUGAAGACUAUGAAGGGGGAUUUGACAUCUCAGAGGUUGAACAACUCUUGUCAAGCAUUGAAUCCGACUUCCACAGCUGGGCCUCCAGUUUUGCCCCACUUGUCAUGGACCCAAACGACCCUCCCUCCGUCACCAAGUUCGAGACUUGCCUCAAGAGAAUGAGGCCAGAAACUGCUCUCUCGGUCGCCAAACUCAUUUUCCUGGGCGACCAGAGGGACAUGCUGGAGAAGGUGACGGUCCCGUGCACCUUCGUCCAGACCACCAACGAUAUUGUGGUCCCGAAUUCCGUUCCCGAGCUCAUGGCGAAGAAGAUCAAGGGCAAGUCGACGGUGGAGGUGAUAGAGAUAGAUGGCCAUUUCCCCCAGCUGACCGCUCACCUCCAGCUCCUAGAGGUGUUGCGCGAUGUUCCGGAUUUCGAUCUCUGAUUUCGAAAGCAAAGUAGAAAUUACCGAUGGUUCGGAAACCAACGGCUUGCAAUAUCGCAUGGUUGUUAGGGUUCCUGAAUCAUUGAGCAAUUUCUCAAAGUAGACGAAUUAGUAGUUGUAGUUAUUUGUUUUUUCUUCUUUAUUUUUGUAUUUUUCUUGGUCCUUUUUUUGUAUUUGUGACUUCUUUGGGAUGAUGACUAUGGGGAAUGGUUGUUAUGUACUAGAGUGCUAGGUUUUGUGGGUGUUUAAUAGUAGUCUGUAGCUUAUUCCAAGUAAGAUUUGCAAGAGCUAUUGUGGACAUAUGGAACUUGGUGUCCAAAUAGAGAUAUUGUUUGUUUGGCUUAUAUAUAUGUUAAUUGUCGAAUGUUCUUUUAA